CUGUAAACUUAUGAAAAUGUCAUCGUGACUUUGUUCAACGUUAUACGAAUAUUUAAACGUGUACAGUCCAGUAUAUGACAAGGUUCUGUUUCUGCAGACACGCAAUAUGUCAUCUUGACUUUGUUUGACGUUCCAGGAAUAUUGAUAGAAGAAUAGUCGAGGAUGUUACAUAUUUCUGUAUUCGCAAGUAUGAAAACGCUGGCGUUGAUGUGUCUCUUUGUUGCGGUUGCCGUCGCUGUUCUGCCGAAAAAACGUGGACCAAACAUACACAAAGUUCAAAACGUCAGAGAUAUUCCAAAGAUGAAGACGCUUCAACGCCGCGAUAAUGCUGGAGAUGAUAUAAACGGCAAUGACGCUGACGACCUACCAGAGUGGCUAGGGGUGGCUCUGGAUAUGUAUACGUUGGAUGGGGUGGAUACGGUGGAGCGGGUGGUCGAUAAUCAAUCAUGGCAGAAGGCAUGCGUAUGACCAAGACGACGUUUGUAUGGGUGCAUCAACAUACUGUAUUUUCGCUUUUCUGUAUUGUUGAUGUAGUAGUUAAAGAUCGCAACAUUCGAA